AUGCCUUCUGCGGAGCUUCAGAUCCCCUUCACGAACAUGUCUUCCCUGCCUUUUAACCCACUUACUUCAUUCACGAUCUUCCUUAACCUACCCUUCGAACUUCGAUGCAUGAUAUGGGAGGCAAGCUGCGUAUCUCGAAUAGUCGAAGUCGAUUAUGACGAGGAAGAAGGCUUCCUGCCACGAGCUGCAAACCCAGUAGCCCUCGCCGUCUGCAAGGAAUCUCGAAACUUGAUUCUCGAUAAAUAUCCUCUCGUUUUCGGCUCAAUCUACCACCCAGCUCGGACACGCUUCAAUUUUGCCAUUGAUACGCUGUUCAUUGACAACGAUAUGGAGGAUAACGUGCCACACCUCUUUUCCACGUUCAGAGAGAAGGAGAUAUUGGGCUUGCGCUUCAUGGCUCUAGGCAAUUCGUUCAACGAGCCAAGAUACGAUUCGGAGGAAACGACUACUACCCAACUGCUGAAGAUGGUGACAAAACUUCCUUCGCUUCGAUUGCUGUUGGUUGUCUACGAUAUUGCCGAUAUGGCAGAUCAGAGCUUUAGCUGCGAGGUCCAGCAUACGAUGGAGUUCCACGACAAGGUACCCAAGCAGCUUGAACACCCAGCAGUUCAUAUUGAUGCGCUUCCCGAAGUCACCGAUGACAAAGAGAACGACUUCAAGCGCUGGGCAGUCCCGGAUUGUCGACCUGUUUACGGAUGGAGGCGUUGCCCCGAUGGACAUGUGUUUACGGAUAUUGACAUGGAGUACGGACCGUCAGAUGAAGAUGAAGAUGAUUAUGGGGAAGGCUUAAUGUGGGGCCUAGGCUAUGGUCAUCGUUUGUCAACAAUGUUUGAUGAUGAAUACUUAGACCUCGAGGGCAUAGAUCCUGGAUAUAACCCAUACUUUGCGUACGAGGACCCGAGUACGAGUGACAACGAGGACCUGGAUCACGACGAGGACCUGGAUCAUGACGAGGAUCUGGAUUACGAAGACGGUGAGGAUGCGGCCGAGGAUGGAGAGGACGAUGCAAUCAGCAUUGUCUCAGUUGACUGA